CUCCUUUAGUGAAAUUAAACAAAAUACCCAAAAAGGAUGGAUUAUUAUGUGACAUGUAUGCAAAAUGUGAAUAUUUGAACCCAGGUGGUUCUAUAAAGGACAGAAUUGCAUAUAGAAUGGUGCUGGAUGCUGAGGAAAAAUGCAUUUUAGUACCAGGGAAAUCUGUGAUCAUUGAACCAACUUCAGGAAAUACUGGCAUUGGUUUAGCUUUAGCUGCAGCAGUGAAAGGAUACAGAUGUAUCAUAGUUCUGCCAGAGAAAAUGUCAGAUGAGAAAGUAAACACUCUACUAGCAUUGGGAGCGGAGAUCAUCAGGACACCCACUGAAGCUGCAUCCCAUGACCCUGACAGCAAUCUCAUGGUGGCCAAACGACUUGCUAAGGAGAUACCGAAUGCUGUUAUGCUGGAUCAGGUAUAA